AUGGAACUUAAUAUUACUGAACUUCCUGAGCGACCAAUUAUUAAUAUUACAAGUGAUGACACCAAACGAACUAGUACGGGUUAUACUCGACAUCAAUUAUUAGAAUUAGAAAAAGAAUUUGCUUUUUCUAAAUAUUUAACUUGUAAACGACGUAUUGAAUUGGCUCAAUCACUUCUUUUAACUGAACGUAUUAACCUUGCAUUAGAAGAAAUUAUUCAACAUCGAUAUUUAAUAGAUGCACGUUAUACCGAAACAUAUCCAGAUUGA